AUGGCUAAUCUGGGUAGAGCUCAUUGGCAGACUAUGAAAUGGAUACUCAGGUAUUUGAGAGGUACUCCGAAUCUUGGUUUAAUUUUUUAUAGAGAAACUGACUGCAAUUCGAGGGUGGUUGGUUAUUUUGAUGCUGAUUAUGAUGGGGAUUUAGAUAAAAGAAAAUCAUUGACAUGGUAUGUUUUCACUUUGUGUGGUUAUGCUAUUAGUUGGAAAGCAAUACUACAAUCUACUAUUGCUUUAUCAAAUAUAGAAGCAGAUUAUAUGGCAGCAGCCAAGGCUGUUAAGGAAGCUAUUUGGUUGAAAGGUCUGAUCAGUGAUUUGGGACUACAACAUGAUGCACUUUUAGUGUUUUGUGACAGCUAG